AUUGGAAGGUUACAUGAAGGUCAUGUCACAAACAGUGCCUAUUUCGAAAUCCCCGGAAUUGUUAUUAGAUCUUUUGAACACCUAAAAAUACACAUGAAUCUCUCACACAACUUACGUUACUGGAAAAGUUUCAUAUCCUUUGAAUAAAAUUUACAAUGAAAAAGAUUUCACAGGCGCAUACCAUCGAUUCACAAAAUACAAAAGAAUUUCAAUAUAGUUUAUCUAUUAAUUCAUCAAAGUCUGAUUCAACUAUACCAUCAUUUCAAGAAUGUCUUUCGUCAGUUGAACAAUUAUCUGGACCUGUUUACAAAUUGAAUGAAAUAAUCCAGGAUCUGAUUGAUUAUAAGAAUGAUGCUGAAUUCGCCGCUUUAAAUGCACCAAAAUUAGCUGAACAACUUCAGCCGAAUACUUCAUUGAAUGAUACACUUGCUGUUGUCUCGCAGAUUCAUAAACUUGCACGUUUUCAAGCUGCACGUUGUGGAUUGGUUAAUUGUUCUCAGCUUGUUCGGGCAGUUAUUCACAUUCUGAAAACUACAAAAAAUGCUGAUCUACGUUCAGAAGCUGCACUCACUCUUCAGUUGUUAACGAAAGCUUUAUCUGGUGCAAAAUUAGCCUGUGAAGAGAUUGGUAUCUCAGAAUUAGUUGAAAUGUUAAGGCAUCCAUCUGAAGUGAUGUAUACAACCGCCUUGUAUGUAUUGAAUCAAUUAUUAUGGCAUUUACCUAAUUCUGCUCGACCAGAAUUUCGACAGUAUAAUGGACACUUGAAUUUAAUUUAUUUACUGGAGACAAACAGUUUAAAAGAUUCAAAUUGGUUGCUCAUCUGUUUAGAUACCCUACGUAUGGCUGUAUAUGAAAGUAGUGAGACAAAGCUGUCGUUAACAUCAACAUCGAUUUAUGAAAUUAUUGUACGCCUGUUGAGAAUUUAUCCGAACAAUGCGAAAAUAGCAUAUAAUAUAGCUAGAUUAAUCAAGGUGUUAAGCGUGUGCAAUGAGAAUAAAAUCAAGUUGGUUGAAGCUGGGGCUGUAGAAGCGUUAACUCCUCUGUUGAAUUGUACAAAUGAAGUACUACAAUUGGAAACACUUUGGGGAUUACGUAAUAUCAGUGAUCAAGCUUAUCAUUUAUUGGCGACAAAAAAUCUGAUACCAAUGUUAAUCACUCUACUAGCCAGUAAAAAUGAGCAUAUAUCGAUUUGUUCCACUGGUUGUCUGUGUAAUUUAACCUGUCAAAAUGUUCAGAAUAAAAGUUUACUUGUUGAAAAGGGUGGUGUAAAAGUCUUAUGUAGACUGUUAUGCUUAAAUCCUGAUCGUCAAGAAAUUGCUGAACCAAUUUGUUCCGCCUUAAGACAUGUAACUCAUCGUAAUCCUCACGCGAAUGCAGCAGUUUAUGAAGUAAGUCUUUAUUGA